UCGGCCAUGUCUGCCACCGUGGAGCGGCGCCUGGCCCAGUUCCGGGCCGCCCGCGGCAGCGCCGCCGCCCCGCCGCCCCCCGCGGAGCUGCCGGGAAAGGCCACGGCCCCGAAGGCCGUCGAGGGACAGCGGGACACCACCGCGGAGCGCCCGGGGGGCGGCUGUCAGGCUCCUCCCGGCGAGGCGGUGGCUCCGGUGUCGGCGGGUCUGCUGCUGGUGCUGAAGGUGCUGCUGUGGGCGGUGCUGCUGGCGUUGUUCGUGGAGCUGGAGCUGGGGCUGCCCUACUUCGUCCUCUCCCUGCUCUACUGGAUGUACGCCGGCACCCGCGGCCCCGACGAGCGGCGGCAGGACGAGCUGAGCGCAUACUCCGUCUUUAACCCCGGCUGUGUCCCCAUCCGCGGGACGCUGACUGUCGAGCAGCUGGAGCGGGAGCUGUAUUACCGGCCAGCCGCCGGGAGGUAGUGACUGGCUCGGCUGCUGGGGACCCCCACUACCUGCACCCCCCGUACCACAGACCUCAGGAAGUGGGGGGAAGCACGUUAUUUCUGUGCAAAACGCCGCUUGUGCCUUUUUCCUGGCGGGGUUUUCCCAGGCCCGGGCCGGUCCCGAAUAAAGCUGUAGCAAAGUGUGCGCUUUGGUCUCGUUCCCGGGGGAGCUGGGGCUGGGCAGCCGGCAGCAAACCCCACUCGUCCCCUUGGUUGUGCUGGUGGUGCAGCGGUAGGCACGGCCUUUUCACAGCAGUCAAUCAUCUAGUGAGUUUUAGCUGCUGGUUAUCUUUGCCACCUGUGCAAGAAGGCUGGUAUCUGACGGCACUUUUAGAAGAGCAGACAACUGCUUUUCUUCCCGGCACUAGCCAGAAUCCUGUUUCUGAAGAACAGACGCGAAACACUAUCUAUACCUAAAACUGGGGGUUGCUUCUGUUUCCAUUCAUGUCUUUCAUCUAAUACAAGCAUUUGAUUUUAA